UCCUGUCAGGAGGCAGCCGGAAGCAGUGGCAUGGAGAAGUCACUCAGGAUCUCCGAAACCACCUUGUUCAUAAAUUAGUCCAAGCCAUAUUUCCUACUCCUGACCCUGCAGCACUGAAGGAUCGGCGUAUGGAGAAUCUGGUGGCAUAUGCUCGGAAAGUGGAAGGGGAUAUGUAUGAAUCGGCAAACAGCAGGGCAGAGUACUACCACUUGCUAGCAGAGAAGAUCUAUAAGAUUCAGAAGGAGUUGGAGGAGAAACGAAGAACCAGGCUGCAGAAGCAAAACAUGAUCCCAAAUGCUCCGGGCAUGCCACAGGCUCCCAUGAAUCAAGGGCCCAGCAUGGGACAGCCCCAGCCAGGGAUGUCUGCAAUGCUGGAGGAUUGUUUGGAAAACCUGAACCUGGAGGAUGCCUGACGCUACGGAAAUUUGCUGAUCAAGUUGCGCGCAGUAGGCUUUGCAAGCUCCCCGCCCCUGUCC